AAUCACGUGAUUACAGAUUCACUGACGCAAAACAUACGCGACUCCUACCGGUCAUCCGUCCAUGUGAAUGUCGUCGCAGCUCUUAUAAAAUCUAAUUUGACAGGUCAGAUUUUAAAAUGCUUUGAUUGGUUGUACAAUACCAGAAGUCCAAAAUGACCACCAGGCUGCUGUGUAGAUGGGCACGACUGUUACCUCGUUGCCCUCAAGCUGCUGUGGCCCCAGGCCGCUUACAGGCCCCCAAAGUCCAUUCCACAGAGCCAGCAUGCCCGAUGUCCUCGUCUUGGCUUCGGCUUUCUGCUAGGCAUCUCUGUCAGGGCAAUGAAUUGGCCAAAAUGGAGGAGACACCAGUCGCAUAUGAACACACAGAACUAGUUAGACUGGUUGAAAAGGCAGCAACUCCACAGGAAGUGCUUCAGUUGUGGGCAGAGCAAGGUGGAUCUGCCAGUGACGCUGCCAGAUGUCUGGUGCAGCUGAGCCUGCGGGUCGUGGAGAAAGGUGGGGAAGGAAUUUUGCAGGAUCCACACUGUGAAAACAUGCUGGAGACAGUGAACUCUCAGGUGUCUUCGGUAUGGAAUGGAACUCUAGUAGCUCUUCUGCGUGCUCUCACUAUGUUGGGUCUUCCUAAUGAUGCCCCACUACUCCGCUCUCUCCAGAAUGAAGUGCUUUGGAGGAUCCGACGCCUCACCUACCGUCACCUGGCCUACCUGGUGGACUGGGUGGCAUUUCAGAGCAGCAGAGGGCAGGAAAAUGAAGCUCUAACCACAACCCUGCUAAAGCACCUGGAGCUGCGCUGGACAGAGCUGAGCGAGCCUCGCACCAUCAGCAUUCUCAUGAGCCGUGCUUCACUUCUGUCCCCUUCUCUCAUGGACAAACUAGAGGAUAAGGCUCUGGAAUUAGCAGAGAACUUCAAUGCAGAGGAUAUUCGCAGGGUAACAUUUGCACUGGCCUCCCAAAACAGGAGGUCUGUUCCCUUGUUACGAGCCCUCUCAUAUCACCUAAACCAGAAACCCUCCUCAGAAAUGAAAACACCACUACUGCUGGACAUCGCAUACGCUUAUGGUAAGCUGAAUUUUCAUCAAACCCAGGUGCUCCAGAGAAUAGCUGCAGAGCUCUUGCCUAGGUUAUCAGAUCUGAGCUCUGUUGAUGUCACACGCUGUGCCAAGUCUCUUGCAUUUCUCAAGUGGCUCCACCUGCCUCUGUUUGAAGGAUUUGCACAGCACUUUGAAAGCAAUAGUGAUAAAUACAGCACUCUGCAGGUGUGUAACCUCCUUAUGUCAUUCGCCAAACUCAACCUUCAGCUCAGCAAAGGGGAGGAGUUUUACGCAAAGGUACACAAAGCUUUGGAAGGUUCAUUUCCGACAUUGGAGCCUUUUCUGAAAACAGAUGUCGUUUGGUCACUGUGCGUGCUGAACCAGGCCAGACCUGAUCACAUCUCCUCUGUUACAAAACCUGGCUUCCAGAAGAAACUGUCAGGUGGCAGUGUGGGUCGAACAGAGAAUUAUCGUCUGAAAUUGCUACACAUCUCAGCCUAUGCUCAGCUGGAGCCUCUAGGGGUUGCUGCCGUCUCUUCUGCUAUUCUGCUACCAGCUUCUCAAGUGAAAGCCGAUUCCUGCACCCCUCUGCAAAGUGGCCUACACACAGCCCUCCAGAGCCUGACCAACAAGAGGACACAGUCCCUCCGUACUUCUGUCAAAACAGUUUACGGCUGGACUAUAGAUGGGGAGAUUGUUGUAGAUUCAGAAAAUAAGCCGAUUGACUUGGAGAACUUGAAAGCCCCUUAUUUACCUGGUGGUGGUGGACCUGAUGCCUUGCCUGCAGGGUCUCGGCGGGUAGCAUUUGUUGCUUGGGAGUUUCCAAACUUUUGUCUCAGGAGUAAGGAUCUUUUGGGACGCUUCGCCAUGCAGAAACGCCAACUACAGCUGGCUGGUUUUAUAGUAGUGGAGGUGCCGUACUUCGAAUGGCUGGAGCUGAAAUCUGAUUGGCAGAAAGUUGCGUACUUGAAGGACAAGUUGGGGAAAGCAGUGGCUGAGGACAUGGCUAAGUGAACCGAAAGACAAACUGUUGAUCAUACUUGUCGUCAUUUUCUGUGCUUUUACACAAACGGCAAACCAGCACAGGCUGCUGCUAGACAUCAUCAGAUGAAGGCCAGUAAGUUACAUGGACGCAUGCAUAACAGAGCAACCACUUGAACAGACUUGAGUCCAAUGAUCCAUCUGAACAUCAUACUGGAGUACAGGUGUAAAAGUGCCUGGGAGCUAUAUGAAAACACAAAUGAACUUUCAGAAAUAAGCAGAUGCUUUGAACCGACAUCCACUGCCUUUCCAAACAGGAAACUCCAAAGAUGUUGUGAAGUGAGGGUGUGCGACUGAUUUUACUGAUCUGAUAACUACAAGAGAAACAAUCCAACAGAUUCGAUCAUCGUAUUUUUUAAUUUCAAAAACAGCUUGACAAGCAUGCUAUCUAAUUCUAAUAAUACAUUAAAUAUUAUGCUUCUCCUGUUUUUGAUGUGGUUGCCUAGACGACACUUAGGGCUUUCCUUGUUGCCAAGGAGACAGUUGUUAAGAUAAAUAUUUUAUGGAGAAGGAAUUUCUCAGAAAUGAGACUUCUGCACAUACUUUUAUUGCGGCUAGUAAGUACCACUCUGCAAAUCUUGUUAAUAAGUAAAGCUGGACAAUAAAAAUUGUAAUAUGGGACACCAAUUCUACUUGUAUCAACUCAAAUUUGUUAAAUGGUGAAAAUAUUUGUGACAAGCAAAAGAUGUAAACAUAUUUAUCAGAUGAAAUAACUUCUAGAAAAUCUUUAUACUAGACAUGACCAUCACACAGAUCUGGUGUAUUACCUCAGAUGUCUGUAUCUUUCUCCUUUUAUUUACAUUAUAUAUUUAUGUUAUACCAUAGGCCUGUUGAAUGCUUUAUUCUGAUUGGUUGAGAAAUGUUCCAUGAGUGUUUAUUUUUUGGGGGAAACUCACACAUAACUUGUCAAAUAUCCACUAGAGCAAUGUUUGUGGUAACCGUGGUAUAAGCAAAAUAAUUGACUCCGGUCCUUUGACUUAUUUGAAAAUAAUGCACACCCACGGUGUAACAGCACUCUGCUUUGCAUCAUGUCGCAUUACCACCUUGGGUGUGCAUUAUUUUCGAAUAAUUAAACAGCCCAUCAUCAAUUAUUUUGUACCUAUUCAAAGUUAAAGUAACAUAAAAAUAUAUGUGGAUUUGACCUAAUUUUGUACAGUGUUUAUAUGCAAAAUCCUUUGGUUUGCUGUGAUGCUAAGUAAAGAUAGACCGACACAGAUAUUUCAUUGGUCGAACAAUCGGCUAUUGGCAGAAAUCCAUGCUGAGAGUUUUUCCAAGUUGUGUCCUUUGCUUCAUAUCAUUAUGAAAAUAUUAAUUUGCUGACUAGAUGCUGCAUUAGCAGAGAAACAACAGCAGAAACCUAUAAGUUUGUUGUCAAGGCUGACAGGACACGUAUAUUAGUAGGACCUCAAACAGUAACACAAAAAUACACACAGAUAAAUCCAACCCUAAUGUUUAAUUUCAUGAUUAUUACCAUCCAUUGGCAUUAGUUUACUG